UUCGACUUCAAAACGGUACCCGACGUGCCGAUCAACGCCACGGCCAUCGGCGGGACGCAGAACUCAAGCAGGGACAAGUUGUUUGUUGCCACCGGUAGCGUCGUCAAGGGCUACAACAGGUACGGCAAGCAGUUCUUGGAUUUCCAGACAAACAAGACGGAGCCGAUCACCAGCAUGGCCAUAUGCGAUCUGGAGAUGGUGCUGUGCGACUCGUACACGUUGAACCACUUCCACGACUGCACCAGUGCCAACGCGUACACUUGCGAGGAGAGGAUCAACGACGUGGCUUGCUUACCGGUGAAAUGGGGCCGGCCGAUGGUGAUUAUCAUUGCGUGCAACGACUACUCGCUGAGGGUGGUGCAUGACUCGAUGCCGAAGUAUAAGACGAUGGCCGGAGGCAUACCGUACACACUGCUGGUAGCGGGACACCACGAAGACGGUAAUGCGCAUCACUGCACAUUUUCAACGCUUGAUGUUCUAUAGAG